AUGGAAGCGCCAUCACAUUUUUCAAAGCCUAUAUCAAUGUCGUCCCAUUCGUAUCCAACGGUGCGUUAUCGUAAUCCCUAUUUGAUGGAGAACCGUUUCCAUACAGUGAUGUACACGCCAUACGGGUAUACUAGCGUACCGGUUAAUGCUGAACCAAAUUUUGUCAGAUUUUCAAAUCCAAGCGCAGCCAGCUCAAGUUAUGAAAACUACGGCAAUUCUGGACGUGCUUUGAUCUUUUCGCCUUACUUGACUCGUAAGUGAUUAUAUAGAUAAUUUUUGACUUCAAAGUUUUUUUUACGUACUUUAUUUAUACUGGAUAUUGUUCCAUUAGCUCCAAACUUUUUUGAGAUCCAGUAAGAGCAACGAUCAAUCUAACCUAAAUGUCAGGCUAAUGUUUUCCGAUAGGACUGCUUGGUAGACCGCGAAAAAAUAUCGCCUUUCUUCUGCCCGAUUUUCCUUUUAGCAUAAGGCGGGAUAAAUAUAGGCCGGGUAUUCAGGUUACAUUUACCCGGAGGAAAUCUACUGGUGAGAUCAACUGGCUGCCGAAUUAAUUAAGAAUAGUGUGUGUGUGUGUGUGUGUGUGUGUGUGUGUGUAGUCCUCAAAGAGAUCUGAUCUUGUACAGAACUCUUUGCUGAGUUAAGCAUGAGUAGAUCAUACAGAGGUAGUACAUGUUCUUGAAUGUGGACUAUCUUAAAGUGAUCUGAUGGUGUACAGAAUUCAUUGCAUGCUGAGUUAAACAUGGUAAGAUCGUACAGAGGUAGUACGUGUUUUUGAAUGUAGGCUAUCUUAAAGUGAUCUGAUAAUGUAUAGAAUUCACUGCUGAGUUAAGCAUGGUGAGAUCGUAUAAAGGUCGUACAUGUUCUUGAAUUAAAAUUAACCAUGUUUUGCAGAACUCUGGUUUAUAUGUUAUAUUUUGUUUUGUAGCUUGUCCCCGUGCGGGCCAGUCUCGUUAUCAGCGACGCAUGCGUAUUCGUACCAACUUUUCUCAAUGGCAAAUUGAUGAAUUGGAAAGAGCUUUUGAGACAACACAUUACCCCGAUGUGUUUAUGAGAGAAUCUCUCGGUCUAAGACUGGAUUUGACUGAGGCUAGAGUUCAGGUUAGUUGACUGUUUGACUCAUCUUUGGCAGUAAAUUGAAAAUUACUUUAUUUAUCAUUGUCUUAUCCUCACCAACCACCAUCAUCACCAACCAUCAUCAUUAUCCGCAACCACCAUCACCAACACCAACAACCAUUACCAACAACCGUCAUCACCAACCACCACCACUAUCAUCACCAAUCGCCAUUACCAAUCACCGCCACCAGCCAUUAUUGUCAUCCCCAACCACCACCACCAUCAUUACCAAUCAUCAUAAUCACCAAUCCCCAUUAUCACCAACCACUAUUAUCACUAUCAUCACCAAUUAUCACCAUCCACAAUCAUCUCCAACCACCAUCAUAAUGUGUUAACUAGACACAUGGGCAGAUAGUCUGAUUAACCAUUGAGUACCAGCACUCUCUGGGGUUAGGGUAAGAUAAUAAAAUAGUAGGGCGCAUUGGGGCGAAAUGCAACUUAAUUUGUUAAUAGAGGUGUUCCUGAGCUAUGUUAAUCUAAAAACAUUGUACUUCAUGUUAGGUUUGGUUCCAGAACCGCCGUGCAAAAUGGCGUCGAAAGCAGCGAACUCUCGAGGAGGAGAAUGGAAACGAGACAUUAGCAGGCAGUGGGCCCGAGGAAUGUUCAGGCAGUGUGGGUCAGAAUGACGACACCCUACCACAGGAAACCCAAGUGAGAGAAAUUGAUGAAAACAUUGAUGUCGAAGACGAAGUGAAAGCAGAAAAUCAAGAUGAAGUGGAAAGCGGACAGGAUGAAGAAACCAUCUACGAAGUAAAUGAAAGAAGCUAUGAACUAAACGAAGGACGUUUGGGAAAAUUAUCACCAGAUAAUUUAUCGUAUGAAGAAGACACUAAAAUUAACUCGCCACAAAAUUUCUCGUAUAAUGAACGCGUUGAAACGAACUCACCAAAAAAAUUCUUUUAUGAAAAUCACACCGAAGUCAGUUCGUCAUCCAAAGAAUUUGAAGUGAACAGAAAUACGUACCAUGUUCAGCCGACAGUCACACGCAUGUUUUACCCUGCUCAGUUUGAUAUUUUCUCGCCUAGGAAAACCAGCGCACAGCAAGGUAUCCGUCGUAAAGACGAACAGAUAUGUGUAGAGAAUUCGCAAAACGAGUGUUCUUGUUGUUGCAAGAAAUAUACCUCGUAA